AUGGCCUUCCCUUUCCCACAGGGCAUUGCGCCCUCGGAGAUCGCCUUUCUAGCAGAGAUGGAGAUGGUGACCAUCGUACCCCGACAGCGUCUGGAGGGCCUGGAAUUACUAGGAGGGCCUGUCGAACCUCUCGCUCCACCACGUCGUGCCUCCCUUCCCCUCUGGCUCGCGCUGCUUCUAAAACGUCAACGUCGCGCCAACAUUAUACCCCCCACAUGGCUACACCCAGAACCUCUCAGUCUGAUUCUCGAAGUUGAAUCUCAACAUCAGGACUAUAAACAUGCUUUCUCGCCCCCGCCUCCGCUACCAGGCCAGCCUGGUAUGCACGAGCAAGGACUAGAGCCCACUGCUCGACCACAAUACACACCGGACGGGGAAAAAUAUUUUGCUGCGCCGCCGUUUUUGCCACAUAAUACUGCGCAGGCGAGAACUUCUUCGGGGGAGGUCCCUGCGCUGCCGUUUCAUUGGAUCGAGGUUGGUAAUAUGCUACUUGAUGCCGCGAGUGAUGACCUGAUGGAUCCGGAUCAAAUCCGACGGUUAUUGAAGGACUUGCGCGAGGUGCGCAUGGCGAAAAUGAGGUCUGGUGUGGAUGUUCUGGAUGCUGCUGCAACUGGUGGCGGCGGAGUUGCGCUGACAGGUGUUGGUGCGAUGGAGUUGGGCGAGGAACGUGGGUUCCUGACAGGCGUUGUGGAUAACCUCCGCAAAAUCGGCGCAUCAAAAGAGCAAGCUCGGCGGGAACAAAUGGCCGAGCGCGCAAAUGGCGGUUACGACGGGACCCAAGAUGAAGAAGAGGAUUACAUGGAGUUUUAA